GUGAUUGUAUGGCCCAUGCCAUGCCAACUAACAACAGUAAUAAAAUAUUAUAUAAAUAUUAAAUAUCUCAAUAGUGGUGUCCAACUUUGACCGAUUAUGUAUUUAUACACAUAAGUAUUGAUAAUAUUAAAAAGAUAUCAAAAUUUUAUUUGUCAAAAAUUGUAUCAUAGAAAUAUAAAAUUAUUAAAUUUAUAUGAAUAUAUUAGUUAAAAUAAGUGGUCAAAGUUUACCAUCUCUGACCUGAUAAACACUAAUAUAUGUAUCAAUGAGUGUUUUUCUUCCUAGCUCAUAAGCUCUCUAAAAAUAUACUCCGUAUCAUGAAUUGGAUCCUAAUAUCCAUCAAUGAUCGACAUUGAUAUAAGAAAUACUACGUAUAAAAGUGAUGGCCUACUCAAAAUGAGCAAGAGUAGGAGUAUUAAUGCAACGAAUGCAAGAAGUGAAGAAAACACAACUCUUACGAAGCAUAUAUAUAAUUCUCAAUCCUGCGCAGCUCGCUUGCUGGCCUCCUCCUGGCUUUCUCAACGGCAAAAGCUCGCCUCCUUCUGGCUUUUGCGACCACAAACUUGUCUGCUUCUAGAUCGCUGAACCACGUUCGCUCCAGAGAACCCACACCGGCAAACUCAACCAUCGCCGGCCAGUUCUUCUGAUCCGCGGUUCAUAUUUAUAUAUCUCAGGUAAUGGAAAAAGUCAACAAGAAAAAUAUUGCUAGGAACAUAGCAAAGAAGAGAGUAUCAGUUGAGUGUGAAAGAAAGUUGACAAACUAUGAGCUGCAACGGAAAGAACAAAUUCAACUGAAUAAGGAAAGGAUGCGCCAAUUAAAUAUUCCAAUUAUCUCUGAAUCAUUAUCAAGUUUGGCAGACAUCAAUGGUUCGAGAAAGAGAAAAGACAAGCCUAGAAAUGAUCCUAACUAUGAUCCUAAUGAAGAAGACAAUUCUUUAGAGGUCACAGAAAGAGUAAGCCCGGUGAAGAAGAAAAAGCAAAAGUGCAUUGCACCACUAUCACUUCACAGGGUUCUAAGGAAUAAGAGACCUCAAGGAAUGUCAACAAAUAAACCAAUGGACCAAAAUCAACCUCGGAAAGAGGUCACAACACUAUUCCAAGAUAGUCUUGUGAAUAAAGUUGCACAUAACGACGUUAUUCCAAGACAGUCUACAGAGAAUAAAAAAAACAAGACUUCACCAAGAAAUGCAGUUAUCAAUAUGGCUGAGUUUUUAAGGAAAAGAGGUGAAGAGGCUCCAAGGUCAAAUAUGCAGCCUGAAUUUGAAGAUCAUAACCGCCAUCUUGAAAAAAAUGGGCAAGGGCAUAUUGGUAUUGAUGCGUGGACAGAUGAAGAGAUUUUUGAGUUCUAUGAUGAUUUCGGUGGAACGGAAGGUGGUGACAAAGAUAUAGAAGAGAAUAUUUGUGAUGUUAUGAUUGAUGAACAUGUUGAAGAUGAAGAGAAUGAUGAACAUGUUGAAGACGACGAGAAUGAUGAUCUGAGUGAACAAGUUGAGCUUGAACAUGAGGUAACAGGCAAUGAGAUACAACAAAAACCACAUGAUUCAGAAAGAACAAAGAAAACUAGGGGUCCUACAAUGAUGCAUGCAGUACAUAUGCGAGAACAACGUGUAUGCAUUAUAUUAAAUAAGUUUGGUCAGCCAAUUGGACCGGAUGAUGCUACGCUAGAUGAAUUCUCAUCCUUUUUGGGGACAAUUGCUCAUCAUUAUUACUUUGCACCCUUGGUAGUUGGUACUUGGCGACGCAUGCCGGACAAGGACAGUAUGUGGGAUUAUGUAUUGUCCAAAUAUGAUGUUGCCCUGAAGGGAAAAAAGUGGGUAUUAAGUACAAUUGGGUCAGCCUGGAGAGUUCACAAGUGUCGAUUCAAGACAAGGCUUUGCUUACAAUACAAGGAUAAUAAGAGCAGAUGGCGUAACCGGCCAAAAGACAUUCCUGAAAAAGAUUUCCGAAUGCUCUUAAAGUUGUGGAAUUGUAAAGAUUACCAGCAAAAAUGUAAUCGUAACAAGGGUAAUCGCGCUCUUCGAAAGGAUAACCCCACGACGGGUCGCAAGUCUUAUGCUAGAGUUCGUGCAAAAUUGCAAACUACUCUUCCAAAUAGUGUUGACAUACCGUUAUCAACUAUGUAUGAAGCCACACGCAAAAGAACUGAAGGACGUCAAUAUAAAGGAUCAUAUGAAGAUACUGCUGCAAAAAUUAUUGAAAUGAAAAAUUAUGAGGAAGACAAUAAUGAAGAAGGUGAAGCUGCAGUUGAUGGGUAUGAUGUUGUUGUGUCAAAGGAGAAAAGUGGUGGUCCAAUAAUGUGUGGAAGAGGUGUUACCAAGAAAGACCUUGCUAAUACAAAAGAGACCGUGCAUCAGUCGCAUGUCAUGACUUCUAAUGAUAUGGAGACAAUCAUGAGCACUUUGAGAAAGGAGAUUGAAGAGAAAAAUGAGAAAAAGGAUGCUGAGCUAGAACAAAUGCGAAAGGAGCGUGAAGUUGAGAAACAGAAGAUGGAUUUGAUUCUAGCAAAA